AUGGGAUGUGACUCAAUUCGCACAGGAUCAUCCGGGGGGUCCUUCAGUGCGCCGGAAAGGAUGCCACCCAGGCCUAUUCUGAAGUUCACGCUGCUUCAGUGCUACGACUUUGAACAAGCUGCUGCUGCGUUUGGUCCAAAGAAAGCGUACACUUUUUACUCCACGGCUGCCACCGACUGCUGGACUCGAGACGCAAAUGAGGCCAUGCUCAAACGGAUCUGGUUCAGGCCCAGGGUGAUGAAAGACGUGUCCGAGGUAGAUACUUCAAGUACCGUUUUGAACAUCCCGGUCAAGCUACCGCUGUUUAUCUGCCCUACUGGACUUGCAAAAUUAAUCAACCCUGAGGCGGAAAAGGGUCUCGCGCGAGCAGCAAAGUUGACUGGUAUCCUAGAAAUUUUGUCAACAAACGCAGGUCACCCCGUGGGAGAAAUCGUCCAAGAGGCCCCAGGCUACCCAUUCUUGUUCCAAUUGUACCUGAACAAGCAGAAAGAGAAAUCCCGCGAGACGCUCCGAAUGGCUGAGUCUCUGGGUAUGAAAGCCAUCUUCUUAACCGUUGAUGCAGCCGGGCGAGGAAAGCGGGAGUCGGACGAACGAUUGAGGGUAUACGACGCCGUUGAGAUUGUCAACCCUGUGACUGGAGAACGCGUAAAGCCCGACAAGAAGGGCGGUGGCCUGACGAGAGCAAUGGGAAGCUACAUUGACCAAGGCAUGACCUGGCGAGACAUUGCGUGGAUCCGAAGCGUGACCCGGCUUCCAAUCAUCCUGAAGGGGAUCACAAAUGCCGAGGAUGCGAAGAUUGCCAUGCAGCACAAUGUCGAAGGCAUUAUGCUCAGCAACCACGGGGGUCGGAACCUCGACUAUACGCCUCCGUCUAUCCUGCUUCUUCUGGAGUUACAUAAGAACUGCCCAGAGGUCUUUGACAGAAUGGAGAUUUAUGUCGACGGUGGGUUUCGACGAGGCGGUGAUAUCAUCAAGGCCCUGUGCUUAGGGGCGAAGGCGGUUGGGAUUGGUAGGAGCUUUUUGUAUGCGUUGCAUUAUGGCACUGAAGGUGUAGAGCACCUUGUGGAAUGUGAGUAA